AUGGAAUCUAAUAAAUCAUUUUUCAUACGAGAUUUACUAGGGGAUUUAAUAUCUAAUCAACAGCCGAAUGAAUCUCAGCAUGGUGGCCUCGCUUCGGAAACUGAUGAGGAUGACAACAGCGAUAUUGACAUCGAGGAUCGUUCAUCGCCAGAAUCGACACUGCUAUCCGGUUAUAGUCAUCAUAACCAUCACCACCACCAGCAGGAUUUGACUUCUUGUGGUAGCACCGGAGCAUUGCUAUCUGGCAAUCAUCAGAGGAUUGUCCCGGGCGGUGGAACAAUUGGAAGUGAAUCAUCCAAUGGAUUAAUUUUGAAGGCAGGUCGCAAACCGAGGCGACGGAGGACCGCUUUUACACAUGCUCAACUGGCAUAUUUGGAACGAAAAUUUAGGUGUCAAAAAUACUUAUCCGUAGCGGAUAGAAGCGAUGUCGCAGAUGCACUCAACCUGUCCGAGACACAAGUUAAAACGUGGUACCAAAAUCGAAGGACAAAGUGGAAAAGGCAAAAUCAGCUUCGAUUAGAGCAACUGCGACACCAGGCCUCUCUGGAAAAGGAGUUGAUCAGCAGCCAGGAAGCGCCGACAAACCCUAUUCAGUGCUGCCCUACCUCGCUCUCGUCGUUCACUCAAAAUCCGUGUAAUUUUCUUACUUCUGCUGCAGCAGCGGCAAUUUUCCGUAACGUCUCCUACGCACAUGGUUGUCCUCUUUAA